GGGAAAAAAAAAAAAGAAGCAGAAAAGCAAUGUAGGUUUUGCACUUUGCAGGAGUUGGCGUGGAUUAGGCAUAGAUUAUGGAGAAAUCUUUCAAUAAUCAGAAACAGUAGCUCUUAAUUUAAGACAAGCCGACAAAAUAAUCAGGGGUGAGUGUGUGACUGUGUGCUGCUACUAAUUGCGCUGCAGAGUGAACCUUCUCUCCACACUUCCCUACUGUCCCCCUCCUCAACCCCUCUUCUUGCAUUUGCCAUUACUUUAUAUAUAUAUAUAAGCCCAGCUGCAUCUCAUUUCACCUUCAUUCCUUAUCUUAGAUCUCUCUUCCAUUCUCAUUUCUUUGAUUACUUUUCCAAAUCAAAAAAUGGCCAUACACAUUUCUUCUUUGUCUCCCUUGUUCUUCUUACUCUUAGUAACCUCUGCUUUUACUGUUGCUGCUGCUAAGAGGAUUGUUCCUCACCGUCCUCUAGAAGGACUUCUUCCAAAUGGAAACUUUGAAGAACAACCAAACCCAAAGAACAUUAAGAAAACAGUGCUUCUGCGGAAAAAUGCGCUACCCAAAUGGGAGAUUACUGGCAGAGUUGAGUACAUUCAGGGAGGACCUCAACCUGGUGGAAUGUACUUUGCAGUAGCUCAUGGUGUUCAUGCUGUUAGGCUUGGGAAUGAGGCCACCAUUUCCCAAACAAUUCCUGUGAAAAAGGGAACUCUUUAUGCACUCACAUUUGGGGCUUCAAGAACCUGUGCACAAGAUGAGGUUUUGAGGGUCUCUGUGCCUUCUCAAACAGGGGAUAUCCCUCUGCAAACUCUGUAUAGCAGCAAUGGUGGAGACACAAUUGCUUGGGGUUUCAUUGCCACCUCUAAUUAUGUCAAAAUCACCUUUCACAAUCCUGGAGUUCAAGAGGAUCCUGCUUGUGGUCCACUUGUUGAUGCUGUUGCUAUCAAAGAACUCGCCCCACCUAGGCCAUCUAGAGUGAACUUGGUCAAGAAUGGAGAUUUUGAGGAGGGUCCUCACAGGUUAAUUAACACAUCCUAUGGUGUGCUUCUACCUCCAAGGCAGGAAGACAAGACAUCACCACUCCCUGGAUGGGUUAUCGAAUCACUCAAGGCUGUGAAAUUCAUCGAUAAAGCUCAUUUCAAUGUCCCUCGCGGAAUUGCAGCUUUAGAAUUGGUGGCAGGAAGAGAGAGUGCAGUUGCACAAAUUAUCAGAACAGUCCCUAACAAGAUGUACAACCUCGUAUUCAUGGUUGGCGACGCGAAAAAUGGUUGCCACGGAUCAAUGAUGGUCGAAGCGUUUGCUGCCGGCGCUACUGUGAAAGUUCCUUUCCAAUCCGUAGGGAAGGGCCAAUUCAAGAGUGCUAGCCUCAAAUUCAAGGCUAUUUCAGACAGGACAAGAAUAACAUUCUACAGCUCGUUUUACCACCAAAAGAUCGAUGACUAUGGAACCCUUUGCGGCCCUGUUCUUGAUAAUGUGAGGGUAUAUCCUACGAAGUUUUAAUCAAUCAUCCUCAAAUACAGCAGGGAAAUAAGCUGCUUUUGGUGUGUUAGUAGACUUUCGGCUAUGGUCAUUUAGUCCUCUUUUCAGCAGGAUUGAAUACUGAUUGAUAAGAGCAAGAUUUACUACUGCUUAGUUAAGCCAUAUAUAGAUUUUUAGUCUUGAUGCCAUCCGCUUUUGUAUUUGGCUUAGUGCCUUAAGCGUGAUGAUUUGAAUGGCUUAUAUUGUAUACAUUUGCCAUCCCACAUUGUGAGGCAUUUUCAGCAAAGAUGAUGCGCAAAGUUCUUUUUCUACUAUGGUUGGGGUUUAGUUUUUUCUCUGUUCAGUAUCCUCUUCCAAGUACAAGAAAUACUUUAAAUGUAUUACAUAUUCAAUACAACCUGAAAUGAAAAUUUUAAGAAAUUCAUG